GCUGCUGUGAGGUGAGGGUGUGUCGCAUCACACCUCUGUGAACUCUGACUGGGUUGAUCAACGUGAAGAAAUUAGAACAAUAACAGAAGUGCAGUGUUAUAGUGUACCUACUUCAUGAAUUAAAUAACGUGGAUUCAUGUUUAUCAAUGGAGUUGCUCAGUAGAGGCGAGUGACGCGACUCGCUUUCACUGGGCUGUAGUCCCUCGAGUUCAGGGCGUGCGUCUCAGUAUUCCAUACCUCAGGUCCUGAGCAACUGACCUGAGAGGUCAACGAGAACACAAGCCUGCCAAAUUCAUCUUGAAAAUAUCGAACGUAAUCGAAACGUUGCUGUUAACACCGCAGUGCACAAGCCAGAGCCAUCUUAUGAGCCGGGAUGGGGAGCUCCACGCUUGACCUCAUCUACGGCCGAAGUCCUCACAUGAUGACGCAGCAGGUCAUCGCAACGAUCAUCGUCGCUUUUGGUCCACUGGCGACGGGCUUAGGCAAAGGCUACUCCUCGCCCGCCGUGGUCUCCAUGCAGGACGCCACGUCCCACAAUUCGACCAUGGCCUUCGUCAUCAACGAUGACCAGGGAUCGUGGGUAGCUUCCCUGUCACUUCUGGGUGCCUUUUUUGGUGGAGUCCCUGGAGGCCUAGCGAUGAAGUUUGGCCGCCAGAAGAUCCUUUUAAUCGUUUCUCUGCCAUUUUGCUUGUCUUGGAUGUUGACCGUGUUUGCCAACAAUGUUUACAUGGUGUACGCUUCAGCUUUCCUGUGUGGUGUUUGCUCGGCCAUUAUAUCGUUAGUGACGCCUGUAUACAUUAGUGAAAUAGCUCACCCUGACAUUAGGGGUUGCCUGUGCUCGGUAGCCAAGCUAGCAGCCAACGUUGGGAUGCUCUCUUCCUUUGUUAUCGGCAGUUACGUAAACUGGCGCCAGCUGGCCAUGAUCGUCGCGAUCGCUCCUGGAGUUCUAUUUGUCCUAGUUUGGGCUAUCCCUGAAACUCCAAGCUAUCUCAUGUACAAAGAAAAGAACAUCGAGGCCGAACAGUCUUACGGCUGGCUCAAUCCUGGCCAAGACGUCACUCAAGAAAUUCAGACAAUGAAAGACAACAUCGAUGAUAUGAAAGGCGAGAACGGCAUGUCUUGCUACAACGAGUGGAGGCGUGAUUUGAUAAGACCUGUUCUCAUUACAUGCGGCCUCAUGGUCUUCCAGAAGUUCAGCGGUGCCAAUGCCUUCAACUUUUACGCAGUUUCAAUCUUAGGGAAAGCUUUCGUCGGGAUCAAUCCCUACACCGCAGCUGUGGUGGUGGUACUAGUGCAGAUAAUUGCAGGCACGGUAUCAUCCUUUUUAAUUGACGUCGUAGGUCGCCUGCCUCUGCUCAUAGUGUCCAACGUAUUCAUGACGAUUGCGCUGGCUGGCUUUGGCACUUUUCUCUAUUGGGUCGACGGAGCAGAGAUUGGCGGUGCAUGGGACUGGGUUCCAUUUACUUGCGCUUUGAUAUUCCAAGUAGCUUUUGCUGUUGGAAUUUCACCAAUCUCUUGGCUUUACAUCGGAGAGCUUUUCCCUCUGAAGCAUAGAGGCCUCGGAGCAAUAGCCAACUCGGUGAGUUACGUUUGCUCCUUUGUGAGCGUGAAAACCUUUGCGGAUUUUCGCAGAUAUUUGGGUCUUCACGGAGCUUUCUGGCUGUACGCAGCCAUUAGCCUUGUCGGUUUGCUAUUCACAAUAAUUUUUGUCCCAGAAACGAAAGGCAAAAAUCUUGACGAAAUGCAGAAGAAGUAUACUCCUCAAGAAAAGUACACACCCAUUCGUGAGCACGAGAUAGAGAACAGGCUUAUUCCUUGAAUGUAAAGAUAUGUUCUUGCCUCGCUUGCAUCUUGGAAUUUCAGCUGCAAGAAUUAUAACUCCAUGAUAUAUAUUGAACGGGUACAACGGCGGGUGUCUUGACCUCUCCUCCAGUAUAUUAGCUGGCUUGCCAUGGCAUUAUUAUAACGUUGACUGCCUCUUUUAUUGAAUAGUCAUGAUUAUUAUUAGAUUGAGAAUUAUUCUGUAUAUAUUGGUCCUGAUGUCCUUUUAGAGUUACCAAAUAUUAGAGAUAGUUCUGUUCUUAUAGGGUGCAACGUAGAUAGACUUAUUAAAUUUUGGUGGUUUUAUUAUUCAUUAAAAAUUUGUUUGACAUUUACUUCAAGUAAAGAAAUCUGGGAAUUCAUUGUAUGACAGAUAAAUUUUUCAAUUAUUUUGCCUCAUCUGAGCGGAAGAUGAAUUUAUUUCCAUGUUGCUUUGGAGUUUCUAACUUUCAGUGACGUCUUUGUUUUGACUUGUGUUUUAUAUAUACGAUAUGGCAAGAUGAACAGCAAGGGUUCGGAUUGGUGAAUUCUUAUGUUUAUACGCACUGCUGCAUAUGUAGCAGACAACUUAAACGAUUUCAAAGAGUUAUCUUGAAAAAUGUUUGUUCUUUGGGCGCCUCUUCACCUUCUGAUCGACAUGGACAAGGUUUCAUGCUUCAUUAGACAUGGCGUCAACCCAUCACUUUUUCUUUGAGCGGAGCUGUAGCUUUUCUAGUUUAAAAUAUAUACCAAUUAUGACACCAAUUUAUUUUUCUACGACAUUACAUACAGUUUAUCGUAAUGCGCGGUUAUGGCUUCAAUUUCAUAGUUUGUAAAUCAAAGUACAUCAGAAAUAUCUCUUGGAAAUGAGAUUUAUUUCAACAAUCCUCAUGCCAGAGCAAAGUGCGCUUGACAAGCACCUUUAACGCAGAUACCAUGUCAUCAUCAACUCUUUUUAUGACCGUGAUUAUAUCUGAUCUAUUAUUUCACAUCUGAUUAUUAUUUGUCCAGUGUGUAGAAAACGUGGUAAUCGUAAAUUUAAGGUGGAAAAGAACUAUUAGUAAAUCGCCAAGGAGAAAUUUUAGUCGGAAAUCGUCAUAAUUUUCACAAUCCUGGAAAGAAUCCCGGCCGCAAAUUUGUAGAUGGAAAGAAAAAUCAUUCAAAAUUCUAUUUCAACUCAUGCUCCUUGCAAAUUUUCCUGACACUUCUGACAAAUAUAAUUAUAAAUAUUAAUAGUGAUGGAUACCUUACGUGAAUCAUUCGGAGAUACAAUUAUUAUUUUGAUCCAGCAUCUGUACAAAGUUAAUGACGGCUGAAAAUUGAAUUAAUCAUAAUAUUCUCUAAUUAAGUACAAAUUUUAAAUGUUGAAAUAGCACCUGCGUUUUUUUCAGUUGCCUUAAAUGAGAUGCUUGCACACAUUAUUCAGUCCUUACUUCUGUUCGUUAGUGAUUUUACCUUAUUAGUUACUAGUAUUUUAAGCUAAAUUCAUAUUCCUGCACAUAAAAUUUCAUGCAAAUCUGCUGACGUUGACCUAUUCUUCCAUUAUUGCUAUUCUUGUCUGGUUCGAAAAUUACAAAAAAUGUUCCAUGCAUAAUAAAUAAUUCGCUCAAGUUGAUCUAGCAAUAAUACCCCACGUUGUCGUAAAAUUAUGAUAUGUAAAAUAAUUUAUUAGAUGCAGCCACAUUUUGAAAAUAAAUUACAUUUCACAGCUUGAGAAAGAUUACCACAAAUACAAUAAUGAGUAUACACUUCGAUAAAGAACAAGUAGGUAUAAUCAAAUCAUAUGUUUACCCAUUUAUGAAUACAUUGCCCUUCAAUUGUUGUUUUUGUAAUUAUUGUACAUAAAAUAAAAGUAUUCAUCAUCUGUAUAUUUUGUUGUAAGUCGUAAAUGUGAUAUAGUUCUAUGUUAUAGAUUUACAUUAACUAGUCCUGUUCUGACUUUUGUACUCAAAACGUGAAAUGCUGAUUUUGAAUAAACAGCAUCCACA